AUGGCGCCGUCCAGUACUAAUAAGCCCUCGUUCGUCCCGCUCGAGAUCAAGCCCAUCGACUUCUCUCUCACAGCCGGGACCGACAUCCCCGCGCCGCCGCCCGAAUCGCCGCCUGCCACGCCAGGCCGCCCGCCUACACCCGGACGUGGUCCGCUCUCAUCCCAUCCUACUUCUCCCCAUGACACCUCGUCUGACGACCCCAUGGCUCAAACAAAACCCAGCCAGAGCUCCAGCCAGAGCUCCACUCAGAGCAACGGACCCGCCAAUGGCGAGACGCGCGGUCGCACCGAGAGCGUUGCCACCGCAAACACCAAGCCCGGCUCGCCCGGGUCGAAAAAUGUGCUGAGCCCGACGCCGACCACGGAGAGCAUCAGCAGCAGCAAGCGGCCUUCGUCUGUUCGCCGUUUCUUCGGCUUCCGCUCUGCGUCGUCGUCGGACAGCCUGCGACACAAUCGCCCGACCAGCCCGCAGGGCUCGGCCCCUUCAAACGGUUCCACAACCCGGCCAGGCUUGCGCGAGCGCAGGAAGAGUGGAAGCUGGUUCAACAAGCGCGCGAGUACAAUGUUUGGAAGCCUUGCCGAGGUCGGCGAGAUCUCGAACGGAAGCGCUAUUCAUGAGGAGCAGAAGCCGGAACGAAAGGGCCCACCCCCGCCCAAGCUGCCGGACCUCAAGAAAUUGGGUACGGAUCUCAACGACGGAUCGCUCGGCGCGGACGACAUGUUCAAGCACAUCAAAUAA